GAGGCUGCAAUUCUUUUCCAGCUCUCAGUUGGAAUCACUCGCUCGCAACGUAAAGUUGUUGGAGCUUUUGUUUUUUUUUAUCUAUCCACAAACGGUUGAAAGCUGAAACUCCAAACUAAUGAGCUGUGCCCAGGAAGAGAUCGUGCCACAUCAGGGCUAUUGGAAUGUGGAUCAGACUUUGAAGCUGAUCCGAGCCUACCAGGACCAGGAGCUGUUAUGGAACAGAGAGAAUCUAUCGUUUGGACAUCGGGCGGCCAGGACGGAGGCGUGGAUGAGGAUCGCCGCCGAAAUGCAGGCGCACGUAAUUGAGGUUAAAAAAAAGAUGAAUAGCAUGAUCCACUCACAUCGGUUGCAUAAAAAGCGCGGCACCAUCAGUCGCACCUGGUGGGCUACUCACCUCUCAUUUCUCUCCCCGCCAAGUCAACACUCUAUCAGUAGAAGCAACAACAACAAUAACAAGAAGAAUUGCAACUCUAAUGAGAAUGAGAGCGAUAAGACUAAGGGUGGCUUUUCGGAAAAUAGCUAUGGAUCAUUUUCGGAUAAGGAUUUCGAGGAUAUAGGCAGCGAUUGUGAAUUCGUGCAGGAUAAUCCCCAGAAACGUUCGGCUUUCGUGGAGUUUUUAAGCGAAUUUGAGAGUCCUUCGAAGAAAGCAACUAAAAAUGGAGAUAUACCAGAUGAUAACCCUGUCCAGGAUUUAACAGAGGAGGCUGGAGAGGAAGAAGGACCCCCUGACGAUUCGGAAGAGGACGAGGAAGAUAAGGCAGCGCCAUUCCUGCAACCGGAUACAACGGAUAAGGAUCCGGAACAUAACGACACCGAGUACUAUAUGAAAUAUGUGGCCUGUAAACUAAGAAAUUAUACUCCUCGGAUUCGGAGUAUGGUACAAUUUCAAAUCAAUAAGAUAAUCUACCAGGCAGAUAUGCAGAUAUUCCAUCAGAAUUAGAGGCUAUAUAUUUAGGGAGUACCGACUGAAAAAAAAAAUAUAUUUAAUUUAAGGAAAACCAUUAA